UCACGUCCUGUCAAAGACGCACACAGCCGGUUCAGGCCAGUCGACGAGGCGCAAAAGUGGAGUGUCUAGCUGAGCUCAGCCGUCAACACAGCACCGCCUCUCAACUCGCAUUGUCGGGUCCACACCACAUUUUUCUGGCACAGAGCCGCAUCUUCUGUUCAACGACGUCCCCCACAAGAUAACAGCUGCUGUUACCUCACGAUGACUCGAAGGUGAUCUUCAGCGUGUCCCGGUGGUUCUGGGGUUCCAGGUUGGUGUGGGAAGAGCAAGCUAACUGCAGGAGACCACCUGGGGCAGUUUGUCCUGGGCUCUCAAGGUCGAAGCAGGAAGUGACAAAGGAGGGUGCUUUGCAUUCAGCUUUGAAUCAUGGAGAAGGAAGACCUAAAGAUCCUCAACAAGGGGGAAGAUGAAGAGAUGGAGUUGCAAGGCUACCGUUUGUGCCGCUGGCGACUGGUGCUGGUGGGUCUUGGCGUACUCUGUACAGGGGGCUUCCUACUUCUGCUGCUCUACUGGAUGCCAGAGUGGUGCGUCAAGGCCACCUGCAUCCCUACCACAGCCUGUGAUGCCGAAGUGGUGUUGCUGCGUUCAACGGAUGAAUUCCGGCGCUGGUUCCUGGCUAAAGUUCGAGUGAUUCUAGCCCCAGGAAGCAACCCCUUCUACAACCUGGAGACCCAGACCACCUCCCCUUCUUCCCCCUCCUCCCCUUCCUGUCCCUUCUCUUCUUCCUCCCCAUGUAUGGCCAAUGGAGACACACGCCAAUCUUCUGAUGGGAUCACCGCUCGGGAGCUCAUCAGAAGAUACGUGGAAUACCAGCCCACAAAGAUGCGUUAUUUUACACUCCACAGCACAAAAUAUUACUGGAAUGACAGAGCGCAGAACUUUGAAGUUUUAACUGGCCUGGAAGAUCUCAAUGUUACUGCUGCCACUCUCCACUCCGAGCACAGCAAAGGCCUAACCAGGAACCAGCAAGACUACAGGAGACUGUUUUUUGGAUUGAAUGAAAUUGAAGUGAAAGUGCCUUCUGUUUUCAAGCUGCUUAUCAAAGAGGUCCUAAAUCCUUUCUAUAUCUUCCAACUCUUCAGUGUGAUACUGUGGAGUGCCGAUGAAUAUUACUAUUACGCCAUUGCCAUUGUUAUCAUGUCAGUUAUAUCCAUAGCUACCUCUCUCUAUACCAUCAAAAAGCAAUAUGUCAUGCUUCACGAUAUGGUGGCAGCUCACAGUAUUGUACGUGUAUCUGUAUGCCGAGCCGAGAAUGAUAUUGAAGAGGUUAUGUCUACUGAUUUGGUGCCUGGGGAUGUGAUAGUCAUCCCCAGCAAUGGGACCAUUAUGCCCUGCGAUGCCGUGCUGGUCAGCGGCACCUGCAUUGUCAAUGAAAGCAUGCUGACAGGUGAAAGUGUUCCAGUGACAAAGACCAACCUUCCAAACCAGUUGCCAGGGGAAAGUGGCGAUGAGUCUUUGAGUGCCUAUAGCAUUGAGGAGCAUAAGAGACACACACUCUUCUGUGGCACUAACGUCAUCCAGACACGUUUUUACACUGGUGAACUGGUCAAAGCUGUAGUUGUCCGCACAGGCUUCAGCACAGCCAAAGGCCAGUUGGUACGCUCCAUUCUAUAUCCCAAACCCACAGACUUCAAGUUGUACCGUGAUGCCUACCUUUUUCUGUUGUGUCUGGUGGGUGUGGCUGGGAUUGGCUUUUUCUACUCCAUCGCCCUUAGCAUCAUGAACAAGGUGUCAGCCCAGACCAUCAUCAUUGAAUCCCUAGACAUCAUUACCAUCACAGUUCCCCCAGCGCUGCCCGCAGCCAUGACGGCUGGUAUUGUGUAUGCCCAACGACGCCUUAAAAAUAUUGGCAUUUUUUGCAUCAGCCCACAAAGGAUUAAUAUUUGUGGGCAGAUCAAUCUGGUCUGCUUUGAUAAGACAGGAACUCUGACUGAAGAUGGUUUAGAUCUAUGGGGAGUCCAAAGAGUAGAGAAUGGGAGUUUCCAGCAAUCAGAUGAAAAAGCCUCCAAAGAAAAUCUAGUGAAGUCCCAGUUUGUUGCUUGCAUGGCUUCGUGCCAUUCUCUCACCAAAAUAGAGGGCCGGUUGUCUGGAGACCCACUGGACCUCAAAAUGUUUGAGGCUACUGGUUGGGUUCUGGAGGAAGCCACUGAGGAGGAAACAGCGCUCCACAAUCGUAUCAUGCCAACUGUGGUUAGACCCACAAAACAGUUGUUGCCCUCACAGCCCUCAUCAACAGAGCAUGACAUGGAACUUUAUGACCUGUCGUCUCAGUAUGAGAUAGGUAUCGUGCGGCAGUUUCCAUUUUCCUCUGCACUGCAAAGGAUGAGUGUGGUUGCUCGUCUGUUAGGGGAGAAACGUAUGGAUGCCUACAUGAAAGGGGCACCAGAAGUGGUGGCACGCCAUUGCAAAACAGAGACAGUGCCAGAUAAUUUUGCUGAGGUCUUGGAGGGCUACACCAAGCAAGGCUUCCGAGUAAUAGCUUUGGCUCACCGUCGUCUUGAAUCUAAACUCACGUGGCACAAGGUCCAGAAUAUAAACAGAGAUCACAUCGAGACAAACAUGGAGUUCCUGGGUUUAAUAAUCAUGCAGAAUAAGUUGAAAACAGAAACGCCGGUCGUACUGCAGGAUCUUCACAGAGCCAACAUCCGUACUGUCAUGGUUACGGGAGAUAACAUGCUGACUGCCAUCUCUGUGGCUCGGGAUUGUGGAAUGAUCCUGCCACAGGACACGGUCAUCAUUUCAGAUGCCAUCGCCCCACAUGAUGGACAGACUGCCAGAAUCACCUGGAGGUGUGCUGACAAACCGAGUAUGGCAGCACAUCUGGAGGAAGUGAAUAUCAGCCUAGAGGAUGUAUGUCCUAUAGAUGAGCCCAAACAGCAAGAGCGGUACCAUUUUGCUAUGAGCGGAAAGUCAUUUGCGGUCAUCUCGGAGCAUUUCCCAGACAUGCUUCCAAAGUUGGUGCUCCAUGGAACAGUGUUUGCCAGAAUGUCUCCGGAUCAGAAAACCCAACUCAUUGAAGCACUACAGGAUGUGGACUACUUUGUUGGGAUGUGCGGGGAUGGAGCGAACGACUGCGGGGCUUUAAAGAGGGCUCAUAGUGGUAUCUCUUUGUCAGAGCUUGAGGCAUCCGUAGCUUCUCCAUUCACCUCCAGAACACCAAAUAUCUCUUGUGUCCCAAGCCUCAUCAGGGAAGGCCGCGCUGCUCUAAUCACCUCCUUUUGCGUGUUCAAGUUCAUGGCCCUUUACAGCAUCAUCCAGUACAUUAGUGUCACGCUCCUAUACUCUAUUCUCAGUAACCUGGGAGAUUUCCAAUUCCUUUUCAUCGAUAUAGCCAUCAUCCUUGUCGUUGUUUUCACCAUGAGUCUAAACCCGGCAUGGAAAGAACUAGUUGCACAUCCUCCUCCAUCAGGCCUGAUCUCAGGGCCUCUGCUUUUGUCUGUGCUGAGCCAGAUCCUCAUCUGCUUUGGCUUCCAGCUGUUUGCAUUUUUUUGGGUCCAACUCCAGCCCUGGUACACCAUCUGGACACCGCUUUCAGAUGCCUGCAACGUAUCGUCACACACAAAUGUGUCCAACCUCACCGAAACUGAAGUUGAUGACCACAACAUUCAAAAUUAUGAAAACACCAGCCUUUUCUAUGUUUCCUGCUUCCAGUACCUUCUGGUUGCCAUUGUCUUCUCAAAGGGCAAACCUUUUAGGCAGCCGAGCUACAAGAAUUGGCCGUUUGUCUUGACUGCUUUGAUUUUGUAUAUUUUCCUCCUCACCAACAUGUUCUACCCUGCUGAAGCCAUUGAUGAAGUUCUCCAGAUUGUUUGCGUUCCUCUUGAUUGGAGACUAAAACUUCUGCUUAUUAUCGCCGUCAAUGCUGCCGUGUCUGUUGUGGUUGAGACCUUCAUCAUUGACACCGUCUUAUGGAAGUUUGUGUUCAGCAGAGACAAGCAGAGCAUCGCUUCUGCUGCCCCACCACCACAGAAAGGCAUUGAGCUGUCGGCACACAAGUGUCUGUGCUGCCCGAGCAAGAUGACUCACAAGGCUCGUUACAUGCAUCUGGCCCAGGAGCUCAGCGUCGAUCCCGACUGGCCCCCAAAACCAACCACGACUACUGAAGCCAAGGCCUGCCCUGAAAAUGGUUCAAUUUCCUAGCACCCCAAAGACCCCUACCAUUAGCCAACACUUUGAUACAAUAAUUAUCAAAGCAAAGAGUAUAUUUGCACAUUAACUUAUUGAAGCACUCGCUUGAUCUCUGCUUGUCACUGGUCUUGAUGAUUGUAUAAUACUGUAGCUCCUCCCAAAAAAGUCAACCACUCAAACUCAUUUGAA